GGCUUUGAGAACUGAGCUGCAGAGCAGGGAAGAUCAUCUCAGAAACUUGAAGAUGAAGUGCUUUCUGCUGCCAACUCAAUUUGCCUUUCUCUAUAGCUUUGUUCUAAGUAAACCUGUCCAGAGAGCUACAAGAAACAAUGCCUUCGACAGUGAAAUAGCUGUGUACGAAGGAGACAUUCUCCUCAGAAGAGGACAACGCAGUGCAAUUAACUGUGAGAGCUGUUUAUGGCCCAAGUCACAGGAUGGACUAGUCAAAGUUCCAGUUAACAUCUCCUCUGAUUUCUCAUUGGCAGAGAGGUCUUGGAUUGCUGAUGCUCUACAAGAGGUCUCCACACUGACCUGUGUCAAGUUUGUAAAUCGCACUACAGAAACAGACUAUGUAUAUGUCGAACGCGGACAGAGCUGCUGGUCUUACUUUGGAAAAAUCGGAGGACGUCAAGCAGUAGGCCUGGUGAAAAAUGGCUGUAUGGAUAAAGGAGCGAUCCAGCAUGAGAUGAACCACGCGCUGGGUUUCAUCCACGAACAGGCGCGGAGUGAUCGGGACAAGUUUGUCAAAAUCAUGUGGGAACACAUCACGGCAGGAGAACAAGGGAACUUUGGAAAAGUGAACUCCAAAAAUCUGGGCCUUCCCUAUGACUACUCUUCUGUGAUGCACUAUGGCGCGUAUGAUUUCUCCAGCACUCCUGGGAAACCAACUAUUGUACCGGUUCCUAACCCCUUGGUGCCCAUUGGGCAGAGAGAAGGGCUGAGUAACUUGGAUGUAGCUAAAAUCAACAAGCUCUACAAGUGCAAUUGCUGUAGCUCUGUAUUGCCAAAAACCAAAGGCUCAUUCUCCUCCGUCAAUUACCCGUCCCCAUACCCGAACAAUAGCAACUGCCUGUGGCUGAUCCGCAUCCGUCGGAAUAAGAUUUUCCUGCAGUUUGAGGAUUUUGAUCUCCAAACCUCCUCAGACUGUUCGUCUGACUAUGUAAAAGUUUACAGUGGAAACAGCAAGAACUCUCCUGUCUUGCUGGACAAAUACUGUGGGCAGGGGCCGCUGCCUUCCAUUGUCGCUUCGGGACCAACAAUGCUGGUAGAGUUCGCAAGUGACGAGACUGUUACAGCCACAGGAUUCAGAGCCUCCUACAGCAGGGUGAAUUGUGGAGGUACUUUCACAGACUCCAGUGGAGUCAUCACCUCUCCAAGCUACCCCAAUAAAUACCCCAAAAACCGGGCAUGCUUCUGGGUCAUCAGCUCUCCAGUAGGAUACAAGGUAUCGCUGAAGAUGUUAUUCUUUGAGCUGGAAGAUAAUGACAGAUGCAUCUAUGACUAUUUGCUCAUACACGAUGGGAGCCGACCUACGUCACCAGCAGCUGGCCCUUAUUGUGGGACAAAUAAGGUUGCAGACUUCACUUCCACUGCAAACUUUGUGCUGGUUGAAUUUCACAGUGACGCUGUUUGGGAGUUGCCUGGAUUCAAGCUGAGCUAUACAUUUCAUAGGUAACAAUACACAGAUGGGAACUGGAAAAUGCAGAACGAAAGUAUGAGACCAACUAGCCACUGCUUCUGAGGCUCAAAGCUUUUGUUAUAGUAAUCCCAUUGCUGGUGUUGCACGGCAAGACGCAGUGGAAAAACAAACUAUGUAAGCAGAUUCUCAGUUACCCGUAGCAUUAGAAACCACCCAUGAAAAUAUUGGAAUAUGGCUAUGGAGCAACUUGUAUUCUGGAGCCUGUAUUCUGACAAUACUAUUACGUAACCCUAAUGUGCAUUCCAGUUUUCAUACAGAAAAACCUUCAGACGUAUUUGUUUAUGCUUUGAAGCCAAGCUUGCUUAUACAGUAGGUACAAGCACAGUGGUUAGCCUGGAAAUGACCACUUCACAUUGACGAUACAUGUUAACAUUCCUGUGCACAAUUUCAACUCAAAUGCAUUACUGUCAUAAGCAGAAACAGAGCAGGGAACAGACUUGACUGAAGAAACUUAAGAAUGGCAGGAACAAGCAGUGAGAGAGAAGGAAUGGAGGGAAGUACCUAUUGCUGCCACUUUGUACAGGUAAGCCAUGCCUUGAGUCAGGUAUUGAAAUCUUCCAUUGGGAUAUUACCGUGUUGUUUUUUGUUUUUUUGUUGUUGUUUUCUUCAAAAUGAGGCCUGAAAACAUAAUGGAAAGCCCUCUGAAUAGAAAUAGAGCCAAUAACUUUGGAGCAGAUCAUAUUAGGUGUGAAGUAUCUUGACUUCAGAGUGGCAUCUCCUACCUCUUAUAAGUCUGAAGAAGAGAAAUAAACCACUAUUCUGGACAGAUAACAGUUUAUUUUUACUUGAUAUACAGAGAGUUAAAUGGCACCGCUAAGCUGCAAUAGGAUAAAAUGUAGUAAAUUUUUUUGCAGCAACAGUAUUUUUGUGAAGAAAAGCACAUAGAAAAUGCCAGUUUGAAUUCCCAGUGCCAGGAAGGCAGCUAAGAAAAUCUUGAAUUAUGCAGAUUUUUCUUUUUUCUUUUCUGAAGAUCUGUAACAUUUUCCUUUUUAAGUACUGGAUAAUUUUUACCCUCAGAAGAAUAUCUGACGAGCUGUGGGCAUAAAGGUCUAGAGCCUGGCUGCACUGUGGUAGUUCACUGUGGUACUUCAGAUUUUCUUUUCAUGGCCUGAUGUGGGGCUCUACCAUCAGGCUUCCUAGGUUCAGUGUUUUAACAUUCACAGGUUAGAAAGAGAAGCACAAACAACACACAAAACAGUAAUUUACUGCACAUAGGAAUUCUAGUCGUGCAACUAGUCCCUAGGAAUAUAGUAUUAAAUAGGAAUCUUAGAUGUGGGAAUGUGGCAUCACCAGGGUGCUUUAUUUGUAAGCAAGCCCUUCCUGCAGGCAAGUCAUAAGCCCUAAGGGGCAGACAGCUUGGCUAUAAAAAUUCCACUCUCAUUGGUUUUGAAAGGAGGAAUUCAACAGUACUGAUGUAGGCUGCAUUCAGGAAUGCAUUUUCUGACAUACAUUAUUCAUAAGUUCCCUCCUUCACAGGAAGGGCUUUUCUGUCUGAAGUCUAAAAUUUCCACAUUUCAACAGCUAUGUUAGAGGUCCUUGUUAACUGCUUUCCUUUAUGAACAUGCAGGUUUACUGGAGCUUCCACACACAUUCCAGACUAUCUGCCACUCCCUUCUGUGGGUAUCAAAAGCUUCAACAUUUCUCCAACUGUUCUUUGAAUUCCUGCCAGCAGACUUCAGUUAAAUUUGUCACUUUGCUAUAAAUUUGCAGCCCACCAAACAGGGAAACGCAGCAUAUAAAACAUUCCUGUUAUACUAACUACUGUUCAUUUCCACCCACCGUUAGCUGUGAAUCUUAAAUGGAGGAUUUAUACAAUUCAGACACCUGCUACGAGCUUAGGCAUGCUCAGUUGCCUAGCAGAAGAGGAUGUGCAUCUAAUAGACAAUUAUCAGCCCACAAUGGGCAUUGCCCAUGUGUAAUAAUGAGGUAGAGGCUUGCUAUUAACGCUCAGUUUCUGAGGUACAUGAAUUAAUAUUCAUCAGACAAUAGACACCAGGGACAUCAUGGUCAGAGGUUCAGGAUUCAAAUAUCAGCACUGAUUUUGAGAGGUUCUAAUCAAAGCUCAUCACAUACUACAUACAGCUUGGAAAACCAACAUGUAAGGAUGUGACCUUAAAAAACAGAGUAACAGCGGUAAUGAAUACACAUGUACGUAUACAUGUAUUCCUGUGUAUGUACCAGCCUUAUAACACAAACAGCUGUUAUAUGACAGAUCUGCGCUCAAAUACAGCCAUUUCCAUGAGCCUGUGCAUGUGGAAGAGACAGAGCAGUGUUUGUGUCCGAGUAUCCCAACCUUACCUGCUGUGGGACUGUGCCAGCUCCUUUCUGGGAGGAGAGUCGGGGCCUCUGAGCAACAGGCCUUCUUAGUCUGUAAAACCAGAACAGAGGUUUGCCAAUCACUUCUGCUGAGAUGAAAGCAGCCUGAAAUAAAGCACUACAGAAAUGCACCCCAAAAG